AUGUCGCACUGUCACGACGAACACGAUGGUCAUGGCCACGACCACAGCCAUGCCCACGGCGCCCACGAUCACUCGGACGACAUCACACCAGCUCUGCAGAACAGCCUCUACCGACAGAUCGACUUUGACGCCAUCAACACACUGAACGAGAGCGCCUCGGGCUCUGGAAGUGAAGUUUGCAAGAAGACCUGGGAUGAGCGGCUGAACCCCGAGCCCGACCUCUGCAGCGAUGCCGACGAACAAUUGCUGAUGCACAUCCCCUUCACCGCCCAGAUCCGUCUCCGUUCCAUCAUGAUCCGCACAUCGACAUCCGACUCGGCGCCUCUGACCCUCAAGCUCUUCAUCAACCGCGACGACCUCGAUUUCAGCACCGCCUCAGAGGUUCACCCAACCCAAACCCUGUCACUAUCACAGACCAACGAUAUCCAAGAAGUCCCCGUCAAGCGCGCUCUGUUCAACACGGUGCGCUCGUUGGACCUGUUCUUUGAGGACAACUGGGGACGAGGCGAUGAGGACGAGACUCGCAUUUCGUACUUGGGCUUCAAGGGUGAGUGGAUGGCUCUGAACCGUGAGCCCAUCAACUUCGUCUACGAGGCUGCUGCCAAUCCUAGUGAUCACAAGAUGGUCUCUGGCGUCAGAGGUGAACUGGAAAGUCGUUUGGGAGGUGCAGGUGGCCGG